ACAGACUUGGGGUGCAGGGUGGGGUCGGGGGAGACGACGAGGACAGUGGGGCCCAGAAAGUUGAGGUGUAGUCUGAGGCAAUGCAGCGGUCACCUGGCCCUGAGGCCUGGGCCACAGAGGGUAGUCAGCCAGCCCCAGGUCCUUGUGGCGGGGCAGGAGGAGGGGACAGGCUUCAGCCCGUGGGGCUCUUUUCGCGGUUGCUUGUCUCUCACAGUUUUCUUCUUUCCACAGGUUCCCGUGAUCUCAGAUGCAAUUGUGGGCCCUGUUCAGGGGAAAGUCAACUUUGAGGACGUGUUCGUGUACUUCUCCCAGGAGGAGUGGGGACUCCUUGAUGAGGCUCAGAGGCUCCUGUACCGCGAGGUGAUGCUGGAGAACUUUGCACUUAUGGUAUCACUGGGAUAUGUGUCUUCCAUGCCCCAUGGGGUUGCUCCACGGGAGCUGGGCAGUGAGCCCUGGGGAUCUGACUGGGCGGACGUGACUCCGGCCGUGACCAGAGAGGCUCAGGGAGGGUGUGGCCCUGGCUGUCGGCGUGGGAUGGAGGAGGAGGAAAUAGCUUUUGAGCAGAGCGUUUCUGUAAAAGGAGUGUCACAGAUCACGGUUCCUAGGACAGUUCUGUCUUCCGAGAAGGCUCACCCCUGUGAGACAUGUGGCCCGAUCCUGAGAGAUGUUUUGCACUUGGCUGAGCACCAGGAAACACACCGUGAGCAAAAACUACACGUGUGUGUGGCAUGUGGGAGACAGCUGUGGCUCAGCACAAACCUUCACCACCAGAAGCCGCACAGUGGAGAGAAGCCCUGCAGACGGGACGAGGGCAGGGCCUGCCUUGUGAACAGCUGCCCCGUCCAAUCACUGGAGGUACCCUUUCCCACGGGGGAGGGUUGUAAGGACUUCCCAGCCAGCUCAGGCAUUUUCCAGCACCGCACCCCUCUGGGUAAGUGGAAGCCACAAAGUAACACCACGUGUACAGAGACCUUUCACAGUGGACAUAGGCAUUAUGAGUGCAGUGAAUGUGGGAAAGCCUUCAGUCGUAAAGACUCACUUGUUCAGCACCAGAGAGUCCACACUGGAGAAAGGCCAUAUGAGUGCAGCGAAUGUGGGAAAACCUUCAGCCGCAAACCCAUACUUGCUCAGCACCAGAGAAUCCACACUGGAGAGAUGCCUUAUGCGUGUGGGAUAUGUGGGAAGGUUUUUAAUCACAGCUCUAACCUCAUUGUACACCAGAGAGUCCAUACUGGAGCCAGGCCAUACAAAUGCAGUGAGUGUGGGAAAGCCUACAGCCACAAAUCCACGCUUGUCCAGCAUGAGAGCAUCCACACGGGAGAAAGGCCUUACGAGUGCAGCGAAUGUGGGAAGUACUUUGGUCACAAAUACAGACUCAUUAAACACUGGGGUGUUCAUACCGGGGCAAGGCCCUACGAGUGCAUUGCGUGUGGGAAGUUCUUCAGCCAAAGCUCCGACCUUAUUGCACACCAGAGAGUUCACAAUGGUGAAAAGCCGUAUGUGUGCAGCGAGUGUGGAAAAGCCUUUAGCCACAAACAUGUGCUUGUUCAGCACCAUAGAAUCCACACUGGAGAAAGGCCGUAUCAGUGCAGUGAGUGUGGGAAGGCCUUCAGGCAAAGGGCUUCCCUCAUCAGACACUGGAAAGUUCACGCUGGAGAAAGGCCUUAGGAUGGCGGAGAAUACGCUGUCCUGUCCAGCACAGUGGGGGACACCGGGGAGAAGCUCUGAGAGCAGCCUUUGUGAGUCGCCGUCGGCCGGGAUCUGAGCCUUGUGUGUGUGAACUCCCACCCUGAGGAGGUUCUUCUGUGCGCCAGCUACAUGGGGCACUUCCUGGGGCAGUGUUGAACUUUGUAACAUGCCUUUGUCCACUUGAACGGCUUCUGCACACUUGCCAGAAGUGUAUCGCUGCCAGUGUCUCUGGAAGAAGCCAUCCAUCUAUGCAACAGCAGGGUCCCAGCUUGCGCAGAAGUCACCCCCGCGUGCUUCAAGGGGCAGGCUCUCUGCUGCUGCUCCCUUCCCUGGAGGGAAUCACCGGUAGCCUGAGCCCAUUGAAGUCCUCACUCCUUUCUGCUUCCCCGCGCCCCCAGGUGGUUUAAGCUUGGAGGUGAUCCAGUUUCGGCCAGAAGAAUACAAUCUUUGUUCUGCAGGCUGCUUA